GUAUCCCAAAAUUCUCUUAUUUCUUUGUUCUUUCAGGAAAUCCAGCCAUAAUGUCGGCUGCACUGUUGCCAAAGCCACAAAUGCGGCGCCUUUUGGCCAGGCGGAUGAAGUUUCACCUCCUUGGGGCAUUUUUGGUAUCUAUGACAUCUGCGGCUUUGUACAAGUUUGGAGUUGCUGAACCCAGAAAACGAGCUUAUGCAGAGUUCUAUAAAAAUUAUGAUCCCGUGAAGGACUUUGAAACCAUGAAGGCAGCUGGUGUGUUUGAAUGUGCACCGCCCAAGUGAUGAUUCCCUUCAGAUCAAGGAGACUUGAUGACCGAACCUUAUUUGUUCACUGAAGUGUAAAGUGCAACACACUUCAGCGCAUGGCGCACUCUAAUGCAACUCAAUAAAUAAAAUACAUAUGUCAGUGA